AUGCGUUCUGAAAAAGACAGUGCACGAGGAAUUGGCAACAAUCCUUCACUUCCAUAUCUUCUUGGCCUCUGCUGUCUAGGUCUAAUUUUAUUCGCCAUUGCUUUAACAGUUGUUAUCGCACUCAUCCCAACUUAUUUGCCUGACAAAGGAGAUGGCAUCAGUAAAGUUAAUGCAACAAGUAUGGAAUCAUGGCUUCAUGCUCAAGCAGCUACGACCACCAGUGGUAAACGAGCAGCAGCAGAUUCCUUAGAUACAUAUGUCGGCUGUCAGUUCGGAGCAUCUGGCCGAGAACAAGUUCGUCAAGUCUUACGCCAAUGCUUAGUAUCUCCAUUGGCUAAGGAUGUAACCGUUACUAGCGUUAAUAUUGCUUAUACGGCUGGUAGUAAGAAAAAACGUUCCGCUUUGGGAAGAGAUGCUCGUGCGUCUGAUGUCCUUAGCUAUGUCAUUGGAAUGAUCUUUUCGUAUGACAGUGAUUGUCUCUAUGGCUGUCAGACAAAGAUUGGCAAUAAUAUUCAAAGCUGUCUCUACAAUCUUCCUCCAGGAAACUUUGCUUUUAACGACGUUCCCUUACUCAGAGAUGGUGUAUUGGUCUAUACCGCAUCGAGACUCCGAACUCUACGCAUCGCAUUCGUUUCAGCCAUCCUUUCGUCAUUGAGUCCAUUCCGACCCGGAUCAGGUCCUGCAACUCGAGCUACCACUCCAUCUACGGCAACAGCUGCGACAACCGCUAUGAGUGGCUAA